CUCUAAGUCAAUUCAAGAUUACCUAAUUAAACAUCUCUACCUUGGGUAGCUACCUAUCAUACCAUUGCGCCGCUAUCCUUCUUCAUACCAUACCAUGCCGCCAAAACGCAAAGCCGCAACCACCACCGCCGCCGCCGCGCCGAAAGAGAAACAGUCCAAACUAGCUAAAGAGCACAAUAUAUCGGCGCGCGAGGAGCGCGAGAUCAAGGAGGCGUUCGCGCUAUUUGCUGAGCCGGCCGAGGGCGAGAAGGAGGGCGUCAUACCGAUUAAGGACGUAAGGCGGGCUAUGGUCGCCCUAGGCCUACCCCCCAGCAAACCCGAGCUCGCCGAAUUCCUCGAGAUCCUCGACCCAGACGACGAAGGAUACGCGUCGUACGAGCCGUUCGUAGCGCUGUGCGCGCUGAAGCUGCACGCGCGCUCGGCCGGGCCCGCGGCGGAAGAAGUCGACGAGGCGUUCCGGUUGUUUACGGGGAGUACGGGUGCGGGUGGUGGGGACGAGGAGGUGUUGACGCUAUCGCAUCUCCGCCGCGUCGCCAUGACGCUCAAGCAGGACGUCGACGACCAGCUGCUUAAGGACAUGAUUCUGGAGGCGAACGGGGGCGCGGGGGUCGCCAAGGGCGUGGGCAGGGCCGAGUUCGAGGAGGUUAUGAGAAGGGCGGGGGCGUGGAAGUGAAAAAAAAGAUGGCGGGAUAUGUAUGUGGGAGGGGCAUGC